UUAAAACAGGAUGCUUUUAAUCUCCCGACAAGUAACUGACAUGUGUUUCGCUCACCAGUUGCAGAUAUGACUUCUAAGGCGACAUUUUUAAAAUUUGUGUUUGGAGUAAUUUUUUACAUUUGCACGUGUGUACUUUGCUUGUCGAUAAGACAAAAUUAUUUAACGAUUAGUAACCUGCGAUUGAAAAACGGCACGUCGGUAGUAAAAUGCAAACCCUUCCACAAGGUAAUUAGUCAAUUUGUGCAAAAAAAUACUGUGCCAUUAGAUGCAAGUAUACAAGAACUCGACUAUCAGUAUCCACGAGGCCAAAUUAUCGAUUCUGAGAAAGUACUGCACCUUCAGUCUAUCUCUGAAGCAUGUACCCAUUACAAUAUAAGCUCAGUCCUUGUGAAAAGACAUUAUUUGUACAGUCCAAAAAAUACAACACUCUAUUGUUGGACUCGAAAGGCUGCAUCAACAAGUUUUGUAAAAUUAAUUUCUGAUAUGUGGGAUCGAAGGGUGACCAAAGAUUACGAUAAAGAAAUUGACAUAUUAUCUCCAAAAACAAUAGAAGAACUGAAAAAUUUGAUCAGUAACGAUGGAGUUUUCAAGUUCAUGGUAGUGCGUCAUCCUUUUGAAAGAAUUGUUUCAUCUUACAGGUACUGUUAUACUACCAUAUACUUCGACUAAAAGAACAAGAACUACUGUUUCAAAAGACAAGCCUUAGACCCACAUUUUCCCGAUAUCCUUGUCAAUAUUGAGCUACAACAUCAGCUAAAAGACAAUUACUUGUGUAAUUGAUUUCUGAUAUUUUAGAGACCGCUUAGAAGAUAAUACAAAAUAUACAGAUCAAGGUUGGAUAUAUGCUCCAAAAAUCUUUCAUUUGACCAGACCACAUUUAUUCCACACGAAUGCCACCACUGGCAGUUCAUUGAGUCAAAUAUUCCAGACCAA